CUGGGGAUGUGCCCGCAACCAAGUUGGCCUUUGCCAGAGUUUGAUCCAAGCCAGAUUCGACUAAUUGUAUAUCAAGACUGUGAAAGACGAGGAAGAAAUGUCUUGUUUGACUCCAGUGUUAAGAGAAAAAAUGAAGACAUAUCAGUAUCGAAACUCUGUAGUGAUGCUCAAGUUAAAGUGUUUGGGAAAUGCUGCCAACUGAAACCUGGAGGAGACAGUUCUUCUUCUUUGGAUAGUUCUAUUACUUCAUCUUCUGAUGUAAAAGAACAGUGUCCUAAGUACCAGGGUUCUCGGUGCUCUUCUGAUGCCAAUAUGCUUGGAGAGAUGAUGUUUGGCUCAGUAGCAAUGAGCUACAAAGGAUCCACCUUAAAAAUUCAUCAGAUCCGUUCCCCUCCACAGCUUAUGCUUAGCAAAGUUUUUACUGCAAGGACUGGCAGCAGCAUCUGUGGGAGUCUUAAUACGUUGCAAGAUAGUCUUGAAUUCAUCAAUCAGGACAACAGUACAUUAAAGGCUGACAGUAACACAGUUAUUAAUGGAUUACUUGGAAAUAUAGGUCUUUCACAGUUCUGCAGCCCCAGGCGGGCAUUCUCUGAACAGGGUCCGCUCCGCCUGAUCAGGAGCGCCUCUUUCUUUGCAGUUCACAGCAACCCAAUGGACAUGCCUGGAAGAGAGUUGAAUGAGGACAGAGACAGUGGCAUAGCACGCUCUGCAUCUCUCAGCAGCUUGCUUAUUACGCCAUUUCCCUCCCCAAAUUCCUCACUUACCCGAAGUUGUGCCAGCAGCUACCAGAGACGUUGGCGACGCAGCCAAACAACAAGUUUGGAGAAUGGGGUAUUUCCUAGAUGGUCUAUAGAAGAAAGCUUUAAUUUAUCAGAUGAAAGCUGUGGCCCUACACCAGGAAUUGUGAGAAAAAAGAAGAUUGCAAUUGGCGUAAUCUUUUCAUUAUCCAAAGAUGAAGAUGAAAAUAACAAAUUUAAUGAAUUCUUUUUUUCACAUUUUCCUCUCUUUGAAAGCCACAUGAACAAAUUAAAGAGUGCAAUAGAACAGGCUAUGAAAAUGAGCCGGAGAUCAGCUGACACCAGCCAGAGGAGUUUGGCUUAUAAUCGAAUAGUUGAUGCCCUAAAUGAAUUCAGGACAACAAUUUGUAAUCUUUACACAAUGCCACGAAUUGGAGAACCUGUGUGGCUUACAAUGAUGUCAGGGAUUCCAGAAAAGAACCAGCUUUGCCAUCGAUUCAUGAAGGAGUUCACUUUUCUAAUGGAAAAUGCUUCAAAAAAUCAAUUCUUGCCAGCACUUAUUACUGCAGUUCUGACCAAUCAUCUUGCCUGGGUUCCAACAGUCAUGCCAAAUGGACAACCACCUAUAAAAAUAUUUUUAGAAAAACAUUCCUCUCAGAGUGUGGACAUGUUGGCAAAAACUCAUCCAUAUAACCCACUUUGGGCACAGCUGGGGGACUUGUAUGGUGCUAUUGGCUCUCCUGUAAGGUUAGCAAGAACUGUGGUAGUUGGCAAACGACAAGACAUGGUCCAGAGGCUGCUUUACUUUCUUACUUAUUUUAUAAGAUGCUCUGAACUUCAAGAAACCCAUCUUUUAGAAAAUGGAGAAGAUGAAGCCAUUGUUAUGCCAGGCACAGUAAUUACAACCACGUUAGAGAAAGGUGAAAUAGAAGAAUCUGAAUAUGUGCUUAUCACAAUGCAUAGAAACAAAAGCAGUUUGCUCUUUAAAGAGUCAGAAGAAACAAGGACUCCUAAUUGUAACUGUAAAUAUUGUAGUCAUCCACUCUUUGGGCAAAAUUCAGAGAAUGCUUUGAGAAAAGAGAGGGAAGAUAUUCAAAACACCCCUAAGGAGUUGCUAGGAAUUGCAGAUGAAUGUGGAAUGAUUUCUUCUGACUGCCAAGAAGAAAAUGCUGUUGAUGUUGAACAGUGCAGAGAUCAAUUAAGAGCUUGCCUUGACACCAAGUUAGAGACAAUUGUUUGCACAGCAUCUGCUCCAGUUGACAAAUGUGCAUUGUUGAAAUCAGGCUUAGAACCAGCAGAAGAAACAUGGCAGAGUGAGGAAUUGCUGGAUUCUGGUAAUCACACAGGCAAGGUGCUGAGAUCCACAGGAAUGGUUGUGGAAAAAAAACCUCCAGAUAAGCUUGUGACUGCUGCAUUUUCUUGUGAGGCAACCCAGACAAAGGUUACUUUCUUGAUUGGGGAUUCUAUGUCACCUGACUCAGAUACUGAACUCAGGAGUCAGGCUGUGGUGGAUCAGAUCACCAGGCAUCACACCAAACCACUGAAGGAAGAAAGAGAGGCUAUUGAUCUCCAUCAAGAAACUAAACAAACAACUAAGGACCAAUCUAGAGAGUCUGAUAUACCAAUGGUUUCUGGAGAGCCCUGUGAACUUCCCUGUUGGAAUCAUUCAGACCCAGAAAGCAUGAGCUUAUUUGAUGAAUAUUUUAAUGAUGAUUCCAUUGAAACCAGAACUAUUGAUGAUAUCCCAGUUAAAACAAGUACAGACAGUAAAGAACACUGCUGCAUGCUAGAGUUUUCAAAAAGAUUAUGUACAAAAAAUAGCAAACAGAACAAUGAACUUUGUAAAUGUGUAGAAGCAGUUCAUCAAGAUUCAUGUAAAACCUGCUACCCUCAGCAGGAUCAAAGAGGUACACUCUCCCUUCUUGUCCCCCAUGGGGAUAAAGAGAGUUCAGAGAAAAAAAAUGCUGUAGGAACUGAAUGGGACAUUCCAAGAAAUGAAAGUUCAGAUAGUGCCCUUGGGGAUAGUGAAAGUGAAGAUACAGGUCAUGAUAUGACUAGACAAGUAAGCAGUUAUUAUGGAGGAGAGCAAGAAGAUUGGGCAGAAGAAGAGGAAAUACCUUUUCCUGGGUCAAAGUUAAUUGAAGUGAGUGCUGUUCAGCCCAACAUCGCCAAUUUUGGGAGGUCCUUGUUAGGUGGCUACUGUUCGUCUUAUGUGCCUGACUUUGUUCUUCAAGGAAUUAGUAGUGAUGAGAGGCUCCGUCAGUGUCUGCUGUCAGAUUUGUCCCAUGCUGUGCAGCAUCCAGUGUUGGAUGAACCAAUAGCAGAAGCUGUCUGUAUUAUAGCAGAUAUGGAUAAAUGGACUGUGCAAGUGGCCAGUAGCCAGAGACGAGUGACAGAUAAUAAACUGGGAAAGGAAGUAUUGGUUUCCAGUCUUGUUUCCAAUCUGCUUCAUUCCACUCUUCAGCUUUAUAAACAUAACUUGUCUCCAAAUUUUUGUGUAAUGCAUCUUGAAGACCGGUUACAGGAGCUGUACUUCAAAAGCAAAAUGCUGUCUGAGUACCUGAGGGGCCAGAUGCGUGUUCAUGUCAAGGAGCUGGGAGUGGUUCUAGGGAUUGAAUCCAGUGAUCUUCCUCUUCUGGCUGCUGUAGCAAGCACUCACUCUCCAUAUGUUGCUCAGAUACUCCUUUAACAUAAAGAUUGUUUGGAACGUUAAAUAUAUAACAAGGAAGCAGACACAACAUGCAUUAUGGCAUUUCCCCCCCCCCCCCCAUUAGAUUCUGAUCUGAAUGAGUCAGUCACCUGUGUAUCAUGCAUUGCAGUGCAUAUUGUGUGUUCUUGGAUGGAUGGCUUUUUCUUUUUGACUGGACUUUUUGGGUGGAGGUAGAUUUUUAACCAAGUGGAACUAAAACAGCAUAUGUAAUUUGGGGGAAAGCAUUUGAAAAGGCUAAAGUAUAACUUAGAAAAUUCUAUAAAAUGAAUGGCAUUGAGGAUUUUUAUAUGAUCACUACAGUGUUUCCACAACUCAUAAAUAGCAACAGAUGUCCCAUGAUUAAAUGGCUCACAAAUAGUCGUUUCAUUAGUUUUAAUUCUUUAUUUCUAAGGUACAUAGGUUUACAAAACCUUGAUUAUUUCUUAUAUUGUCAAUUCAAAAUAGCUAAUUUGGGGGUAUUUUUCAAAGUAUUUUAAGUAACCUGUUAAUUAUAAGAAACUUAGAAAGAAUGAGUGUCAAUCUGUGUUAUGUUACCCACCCAAGUGUACAUAUGUAUGUAGUUUUUU